UGCAAAUACCUGCACUCUCUAUUCUAACCUAUCUUUUCCAACCCCAAACAUGGCCCACCAUUUCCCACAGUAGAAGAAUAACCCCUGUUUUUAUAUUCCCCCACUUGUUCCCAUUCUCAUCCAACCCUCACAAACCUCCCUUAACCCCAAAUCUCAAUCCUCACCAUCCAAUCAUCAUCACUAUCACCACCCCACCCAAAAAAUAAUAUUAAUUAAUAACACCUCCUUCAGUCUCCCCAAUCUCAACUCUUUUUCAGUCUCACCCUCAGAUCUGAUCAAACCAAAACUAUAUGUUAUUACAUUUAUAACAACAAUUUCUUUCAUAUUUCAUUUUUACUAACUUUUUCUUGCAAUGGUGGAAGCACAAACAUGGACAACAAGAAGAAUGAGCAACCCAAGAUUACACACAUUAGACACAAACGACCAAUUACAAUUAGACAUACCACAAACACCACCAAGUGACCAAAGAAACAAUGGAUCCAACAUCAACAACAACAACCUAGUAACAACUUCACUUAUAAUAGCAUCAUGGUAUUUUUCAAACAUAGGUGUUCUUCUCUUAAACAAAUAUCUUUUAAGUUUCUACGGUUACCGUUACCCUAUUUUUCUUACAAUGCUUCACAUGCUAUCUUGCGCCGCUUAUUCCUACGCCGCCAUUAACGUUGUUCAGUUUGUUCCUUAUCAACAAAUCCACUCCAAAAAACAGUUUCUGAAAAUAUUUGCUCUUAGCGCAAUUUUCUGCUUCUCAGUUGUUUGUGGAAAUACCUCAUUGAGAUAUUUACCUGUUUCUUUUAACCAAGCUAUUGGUGCAACCACACCAUUUUUCACCGCGAUUUUCGCGUUUUUGAUUACUUGUAAAAAAGAAACUGCUGAGGUUUAUCUUGCUUUGUUACCAGUGGUGUUAGGGAUUGUUGUUUCAACAAAUAGUGAACCUUUGUUUCAUUUGUUUGGGUUUUUGGUUUGUGUUGGUUCAACUGCAGGGAGAGCUUUGAAGAGUGUUGUGCAAGGAAUUAUAUUGACUAGUGAAGCUGAGAAGCUUCAUUCUAUGAAUUUGUUGCUUUAUAUGGCUCCGUUGGCCGCGAUGAUUUUGUUGCCGGUUACUUUGUAUAUUGAAGGCAAUGUGUUUGCGAUAACGAUUGAGAAAGCGAGGAGUGAUCCGUUUAUUGUGUUUUUGUUGAUUGGGAAUGCUACUGUUGCUUAUUUGGUGAAUUUGACUAAUUUUCUUGUGACUAAGCAUACUAGUGCUUUGACUCUUCAAGUUUUGGGGAAUGCCAAAGCUGCUGUGGCUGCUGUUGUUUCGGUUUUGAUAUUCAGAAAUCCAGUUACUGUGAUGGGGAUGACUGGUUUUGGGAUUACAAUCAUGGGUGUUGUGCUUUAUAGUGAAGCUAAGAAGAGAUCUAAAGGUGCAUCUCAUUGAUGUUGGAUUGGUGAUUGGUGAAUGUGAUUAUGGAUUCAAUUUUUUUUUGGAUUUUCAUAAAGGCGUAAACGGGUAUUUCUUACUUGCUUCUUAUUAUUGUUAAUUGUUUGGGAAGUUUUGAUUUUGAUUCAAUUGUAUCUCUGUGGAAUUGGAUUUGAUCGGAUCAAGUUACAACAAUUGGACUGUAUAGGAAGAAGCUGAGAGGGAAAGGGUUAUUUAGUUAUGUUUGUUUUUCUAUUGCCGGCUGUGUAACCAUAUAAAGUGCUCGCUUCGAUGCCCUUUGGCAACAUACAUUAAUGAUUUAUAGGAAAUAUAAAGCUACAUUGUAUUUGGUGAGGGAGGAAAAUUCUCCUUUGCUUCAUUUUGUUAAUUACAUUGUCCAUUGUUUCA